AUGUCCAUCCACCAAACAAAAGUCUGUAGCGUAAAUGAACCGUUGUCCAACCCUGAUGAUAGUGCACUCGAGUAUUGCGUAGAAGCGCAGAGUCCGGUGAACAGGACCACAAGCACAUGGGAGUUCCGCAGUAAACUGUUUCCUCACGCAUUUGCGGCCGUAUUGGAUACAGAUUUAUCUGAGAGCGAGACCACACAGCGCGAACUUGCAGAAUGGACGAGAAAGAGAUGUAGAAACUAUGAACGUCAGGGGGACAUAUUGAGGUCGCAGCUCGGUGUACUUGUGAGCAGCGGUGCUGCCAAUGGAAAGCGCUCCGAUGCAGACGAUGGGGAUGAUGAGGCGUUUCUUGUAGGCUUGGGAGAGUGGUCACUUCAGGAAUCUUCCUCUCAGUACCUUAACUCUGCUAAGAAAAAGAAAUGUCAUCGCCAACUUAGGUGUAAGGACUCGUAUGAGUCCGCUUUACUUCUGGAACGUCAGUGGAGCGAACGCCACGCGGUCAGUCUUAAACAUUCGUGUAUGAAAGGGGCACAUCCUACUCCAGCCGCACAAAACUUUGAGCUGGGCUGUGCCAAAGACUUAUGCCGCGAUGCCUCGAGUGUCGAGAUUCACAGCAUUACCCCUGCAGCCUCGGUGGUUGCAGCAGAGAAAACCAGGAGUGUUACGGCUUGUGAGCCACCCACAGAGCAGGAGAGAAAGAAGAACCGUGGGGUUGCUUCUGAACAUGAAGGCACUCAAAACUUUGCCGAGCAUUUGGUUGUGCAGUAUUUUAUUCCCGAUGGGUCAGAGGCAGAAAGCGGGAAAUCAAGCAACGACACCAGGGGUGGAGCCUGUGGACGAGGUCUGUACAGUAUGCCGCUUUCUGUUUUCCGGUACCACUACCCGCAGUUACUUCUGGAUUUCUUGCUCCAACACUCCGUCGUUAUGGAGUCAUCCUAG